GCAUUGAGGUUGGGAUGGUCCUCCAGAAUCGCUUCCACUACACUUCGGAUGUGUUCCUCGCCAUUCUCUUGACCUUCCUGUGGUACACGUCAGCGCCCAUCUGCAUUGCGGCGAAGUGGUGGGCUGGGCUGGGUGAAGCCGAGUACAACUACGAAAUAAAGGAUAUGGUGCUGAUUCCGCGCCAGGCUCUCCAGGCGGACGUGUGGCUCCCCACGUUCUGCGUUCCCUUCUGCUGCCUCACAGGAAGCCACCACGUGAUCAGCGACAGGAGCCUUCACAUGUGGAAGGACGCA